CAUGGUUGCUCACUACCACGCACGUUGUUUGCUGCAGUAGGUCAACAGUGACCUGGUAGCUAGCAUCUUUGCGGUUUCAGGAUAAGAAAGACGGUGAAUCACAACACACUAGUUCCUCAUGUCAUCCGUAAGCCGCCACGUUUGCAACCAUAACAGAUACUCCCUCAAACUCCACACUCCAGGACAUAGCAUGUAAUUGUUUACCAUGACUGUUAGUUAUGCUAACGGAGGAACCGAUAUGGCAACGUCACAAUGGAUCAACCGUCCGGAACCGCGAGCUUUCGAUCUGACUUACCAGCCACCACCUGAGCCUAAAAACCCCGUAGUGAGAGGUCUUGCUUUGCACUAUGGAGCUAUGCUGAUCUCAAGUUCAAGCUUCAUUCAGAACCUACUGUGGGCCAAUGCCGGAUUUGAUAAGCUACGUAACCGCCCUGAACUGGAGGACAUUGACCCAAGAUAUGAGCCCAUUGUCGUACAAGCCGACGGCGAAUCCAACGUUCAAAGCCUAUCCGACGAAGAGUGGUCCGCUCGCAGGCUGUCCGAUAGCGUGUACCAUUCCGUACUGGACUACCACGAAGCAUACAAGGCUGGAAAGCUCACACCUACAGCAGUCGCCAAGGCGCUUCUUCCGCUGGUGAGACGAGACCUCAAAGCGGCCACAAAGCACUCGACAGCCUUUUUGCUUUCUAACGUGGACCUGGUUCUCGCCGCUGCCGAGGAGAGCACCAAGCGAUAUGGAGAAGGCCGGCCUCUUGGUCCGCUCGAUGGAAUCCCGGUCGCUGUCAAGGACGAAGAAGAUGUUACAGGAUACAGAAAGUGUCUGGGGUCAAAGCUCGACUACACCCGUAAAGACAACGCUACCAGUCAUUGCGUCCAGCUAUGGCUGGAUGCUGGAGCCGUUUUGCUAGGGAAGACUAAUAUGCAUGAAUUGGGCAUGGACACGACAAACAACAAUCCGAACUACGGCACGCCCGUGAACCCGCAUAAUGAGACGUACUACUGCGGCGGCUCAUCCGGAGGCAGCGCCUACACCGUCUCCGCAGGACUGAUGCCAGUCACAAUGGGCAACGACGGUGGCGGUAGCGUACGCAUACCGUCUGCUUACUGCGGGCUCUAUGGCCUCAAGCCGAGUCAGGGACGCAUCAGCAUCCGGCCAACCAUGAACCUGGCGAGGAGUAAUGGCACACCAGGACCGCUUGCGGCAAACAUGGUGGACCUUGAGAUUGCGUACCGGGUCAUGGCCCAGCCGGAUGCGCUCGACCGAGACUCCAAGCUCUUUUCGCCGCCACAAAGCGCUGCGAGACUCUCCAAACGCACAAAGGUCUUAGGUGUAUUCAACGAAUGGUUCGCCCGGGCUGACGCUCCUGUCAAAGACGCUUGUCAAGCGACCAUAGAUUACCUGACCUCCAAGCACGGCUAUACCGUCGUUCCGAUCACUCUCCCCUUGCUCCACGAUGCCCAGGUAGCGCAUGGCAUGACCAUCUUGACGGAAAUCGGCGCUGGCGUCCCAACAUCCUCCAUCUCCCAACUUACCGCGCCCAACAAAGUGCUCCUCUCAUGCGGCACGAAGACGCCCAGCGUAGAUUUCCUGCAGGCACAGAAGCUGCGCAACCUCUUGAUGCAGCAUCUGGCUCACCUCUUCGACCAACACCCAGGCAUGAUCAUCGUAACGCCGACCACGCCUAACGCAGGCUGGCAUUUCAGUCCGCAAGACCUCCGCUACGGAUGUAGCGACGGAAACAUGCAGCUACGCAACAUGGAGUACGCCUACCUGGCGAACUUCGUCGGAUGUCCCGCUAUCUCGGUACCAGUUGGCUAUGUCGCGCCUGUGAAGGGUACGAAGGGUCGGAUACCGAUUGGUCUGCAGGGAAUGGCGGAGUGGUGCUCUGAGGACGAGCUGAUCGCGUUUGGGUACGAUUGUGAGCGGUACUUGCACGAUGUGUAUGAAGGCGGGAGACUGAGACCGGCAAAUUUCGUGGAUGUGAUACAGUUGGCGAAGCAGCAGGCUGAACAGGGCGACGGAGCGAGUUAGCCAUGGUGAGACUAGUCAUGUAGACUCAACUCGAUGCGGCUCAAUGAGC